AGACAGAACCAGAAAGAGCACUGAAGGUUCCCGUCUCGGCCACCCCGAUGGCUGCCUCAAGCCCCUUCCCUGGGCCGCUGUGUGUGAUCCAGCUGCUGCUCCUUCUCUUGGAAAUCCUUGGUGCCGCGGCCCAGAAGCUGGAGGUGCUGCAGUCCCAGGGACCCGUGUCGGUGUCCGUAGGACAGACCCUCACGCUGAAUUGCAUGCUCAGGGGGGAUCCCGUGCCCGGAGGUGUGCGGUGGCACAAGGGCUCAGACCGGCAACAGCCCCCGAUAUAUAGCCAGAAACAGCCCUUUCCCCGCCGGGUGAUCAGGGUCAUUCCUGAGUCAAACACGGACUUCACCAUCCGGAUCACAGACAUCCGACCUGAGGACGCAGGCACCUAUUUCUGUGUGAAGUACAGAUUAAGAGUCACGGGGGAAUCGGAGCAGGCGUCUGGAGCAGGCACGGAGGUGUCGGUGAUCGCUACGCCAUCCCAGCCCGUCAUCACUGCCCCCUCCGGCCGAGUGGCGCCAGGAAGCACCGUCGCCUUCAACUGCUCCACAGGCGGAUUUUAUCCCCGCGACAUCACAGUCACCUGGUUCAAGGGCAGCUCCGAAAUCAAAGCCUCGGACACCGACACCGUCGUUCUGCCUCUAGGAGAUAACAUCACCUACCAGGUCUGGAGCACUGUGAAAGUGCAGCUCUGCAGAGAGGACCUGAUGACCCAGCUGCUGUGCAGGAUCACACACAAGGCCGUUGUUGGCACCUUGGAGCAAAGUUUUCGGCUUGCCGAUGUCCUCCGAGAUCAGUGCCUGCUCUCCACUCUCGGUCUCAUCAUUGGGCUUGUCCUGGGCAAGACUGUAGCUGCUGCUUUUCUCUUCUACCUUUUCCUGAAGAAUCACACGGGGCACAUGGGAUCUGGGGCACACAGCCAUGCGCCCCCAGCACAAAGCAUUCCUGGGCCUUUCUGACGUCUCCUCUGCUGCCAUCUUGCCCUCCCCACAGAUGGGUGGAAAGGGGCAGGAUGUUCACUGAAAGAGCGGCCCAGACUCACCGUACGAAGUGAACACCGGGGGGAUCCCGCUUGCUGGAGCAGCAGGAAAGAAGUUGGCCAUGUCCAGCUGGAACGACUUCCAAAGGGACUCUAACAAGGCUGCCGAACGCUUCCGUCGGGGAGCCAGACGGACGGGGGAGUGCGGCCCCGCUGGUCCUCCUGGGCCUCUCACUGGCGGUGGAUGCCGUUUGGUGGCGUCCUUCUGGACAGGUUGGCUGAGCUGGGCACAAGCAGAGGGCACGGCUUCGCGGUGGUCCCGCUCCUGCUUGGCCGGCCGUGUCCCGAAGGUGGUGCAGGGGGGUUGUGGCUCUGGGCAGUGGACAUGCGCCGUGGUUUUGCAGGGCUCUGUGCUCUGCAACCUCUCCAUGACGCCUCUGGGUGGGGUUCCUCAGAAGGUGUGGGCUGAGUUGUCAUCGGUUCGCUGGCGACACUCCGCUCUACCUUUCUUUUCCGUCGGACGCAGGUGUGGCGGUGACCAUCCUUAACCGCGGCCUGGCUGGGGCCAAGGGCUGGCUGAGGGCCGAUAAAUUGGGGCUUAAUCCAGGCUAGACAGAGACACUGUUGGGGUGGAGGGGUCACCUUUUCAGAUGGGCAACUUCAUGCUUCUCCUGGCUGGGGUCACACUCCCCUUAAAGGACAGGGUUUGCAGCUUGGGGGUGCUCCUGGACCCCGAAUUUUCCCCGGUAUUCCAGGUGGAUGUGGUGGCCAGGAGCACCUUCCAUCAGCCAAAGCUGAUAUAUCAGCUGCAGCUGCAUCCGGACAGGCAGGAGCUAGCAAGAGAUCCACGCACUGGUAACCCCUCUCCUGGACUGCUGCAAUGCGCUUUACAUGGAGCCUCCCUUGAAGACAGUCUGGAAACUUCGGUUGGUCCCAAACAGGGCAGCUUGACUGCCAAUGAGGCCUGGCAGAUUGGGUCAUGAAAGCCAGGCCUCCCCCACCCUCCCUGGCUUCUGAUUGAGGUCUGGGUCCAAUUCCAGGUGCUAACCAGCGUGGGGCCAGGGUGCUUCAAGGAGCACCUCUUCCUGUAUCAGCCUGGCUGGCACCUUAGAUCCUCAUCUGAGGCUUUUCUGGGGGAGCCCCCUCCUCAGGAAAUAAGGAGGGGGUGACACAAAGAAGGGCCUUCUCAGGGGUGGCACCCCAAGUUUGGAACAGGCUCCCCAAAGAGGUUCACCUGGCACUCUCUUUAUACUGUUUUGGCACCACACAAAGACAGCAUUUUUAUUCUUAACUUGCUCUUACUGGCAUUUUAACAAUGGGGUAUGCCUCUUAUGAAAUUACUAGGCCUGAUAAGUUUUUUAUCAUCUUAUCAUUUUGUAAUUUUACUGUUUAGUUUCAUUUCUGAUUUGUGUUUUCAUAUUGUACUGCAUGGUUUUAUUCUUGUAACCUGCCCAAGGAGCCAUGUGCCUUAUGGGCAGGUGAGAAAUAAAAUAAACAAACAGCACGGGGAAAUUAUUUGAAUACAGGUGAUGAACGAAUAA